UUGGGCCUUUUGUAUGGAGUUGUCGGGCAGCAGGCUUUUAGUUGCCAUCGGCGCGUCCAUGAAAUCGUGUCGCUUGGUUCGUGGUUGCGGCCCCGAAAGCGGCGUGUGAAGUGCGGCGCACAUAUUUUGUAAAGAGAGCAAAAAAAAGGAAGAAGAAAAAAGCGAAACAAAAGCGCACAACUGUACCGACCCUCCACGGUAGAGUGUUGUGUGUUCGUGCGCGCAUUUGUGUGUGUGUGUUUAUAUGUGUAUUGCAAGCGAGAGCGAGAGUGCCAAACGAUAUUUGUAUAUUAGCAGCGCACAGUACCACCUCGUGUUUGAUGGAAGCGCACGCAGCCGACCAAGCGAUCGUAUGCGAUAUUUAACGUGUGAGAACCGACACGCAUAAACAAGACAAACAAAAUUAACACAGCAUAAAACACAGUCCACGGCUGAAAGAAGGCUCACACCAUGGACGAUGAUCAGCAGUUUUGUCUUCGAUGGAACAAUCACCAGAGUACGCUGAUCUCGGUGAUCGACACACUGCUGGAGAAUGGAACACUGGUCGAUUGUACAUUGGCGGCCGAAGGAAAAUUCCUGAAGGCACACAAAGUUGUUCUGUCGGCAUGCAGUCCCUACUUUGCGACCCUACUCUCCCAACAGUACGACAAACAUCCAAUCUUCAUACUCAAAGAUGUAAAAUUUCAAGAACUGCGCGCCAUGAUGGAUUACAUGUACCGUGGCGAAGUAAACAUCUCCCAGGAUCAGCUGGCUGCCCUGUUAAAGGCGGCCGAAUCGCUGCAGAUUAAGGGUCUGUCCGACAAUCGCAGUAGCUCGUCGGCCGGCACGGGCGGUGGUGCGCAAAAAGGUGACGCAACUGCCGUAAAAUCACUUCAGCCUCCCGUACCUGCUAGCAAGGCAUCUGGUCUGACGAUUGAGAACAAAAGGAGCUUGAAGUCGGAGUUGCACGAGUCCGAUAUGUCCGGUUCGCGGGAAGGAUCAUCUAGUCCCACGUCGCGAAAACGUAAAAAAGUUCGCAGACGGAGUGUAGAUACGAACAACUUACUAAUAGAUAAUCAUGACCAGCAUUCAAAUUCCUCAUCACAUUCAAUGCACACCGGCAGUGGAGCGAAUGUGGCUGCAUUAGCAGUCACCGGUACCACCGCCGCCAACGUCGCCGCAUCAUCUCUGUCCUCGUCGUCGUCCACGGCAGCCGCUGGUAGUAACAGCAGCGCUAACGUGCUGUCGGUUGCCGCCGUGGCCGCUGCCGCCGCACUCAAAAAGACUGAAACCGUUCAACAGGCUGCCGCGGAAACGCUGAAGCUACAGAAGCAGCAACAGCAGGCGGCCGCCGCUGCCGCUGCCGCCGCACAGUCCUCCGACGAUGAUGAACGAUGCGGUGGACCGGGCAGUGUUGCCACCGGUACGGAACACGACGAUGGAAACGAUCUUUCGGACAAUGAGCACGAUGGCGAUGGUGGUUCUUCGGUAAAGUCUGGCUCGCGGCAUCACCACCUGCGAGAUGGUAGCCGGCGCGGUAAAAUAUCCACCUCGUCGAUGGGCGAAAUGAUGAUCGAACCGAAAAGCGAAUACGAAGAUGUGCAGGAUGAGAAUGUGGAGGAUUUGACAAUGGACGAUGAAGAUUUAAUGGAUGAACUGGACCAGCCCGGACCGAGCCACGGUGGCGAUGUAUCUAGUCAAGGGUAUGCACAAUGGCCGAUGGAACGUGAGCAGAACGAAGCGUUUAUUGCCGCACAGGAUGCAGUCGGUGGACAACAUCGAGACGCACAAGGCAAACGCAAAGUCGUGAUACUGUCGUCGAAACGCCUGGCCGGUGGUUCAUUGAGUGAGGCUGGAAACGGUACAACUGGAAAUGUGACCGGUGCGAAAAAGAUCAAGACCAUUACGGUUACAACGUCGGAACCUGCACUGUUGGUAGAUGAGAGUGAUAUUCCUAUCAUUACCCACCAUGAAGAGAUGCGAUUACGGCAACCCGAAAGGGAACAGCAAAAUGAAAUGCUGGGGAAUAAUGUUUUGUGCGGUACGACGGCUUCCGGUACGUCAGCCGGUACAACCAUGACCAUAACGGCAACGCUGGCCGAACCGAGCGAUGGUGGUGGUGGUGCAACACCUGCAACACUUAUCACACACGCCACGCCGGUCGUAUUGAACGAUUGUUUGCUGGAGAGUAAAAACAUUGUCGUUACGAAAAAGGACAACAACUACAUUCUCUUUACGGCCGAUCCAGAUCCUUCGCCCGAACCACCGACCAGCAGUAGCACCGGUACGACAGUAAUGUUGCCUAUGCGUGGUGCGACCUUAGUCGCAACAGGUGGUGGAACUACGGCGGCUGGUAACACCACCACCGCAACCAUCAUCGAUGCAAUGCGGAUAGAGGAUCUGCUGAAAAAGGAAAAGAUUAUCAAACAGACGGAACUACAUCCGGACGGCACCACGGCGACGACGUACAUAUUCGAUGAGUGCGAUAUCUUGCCGAUCAAAACAACGUCCGGCACUAUUGCGAAAGGAAACGUUACACUAUCACCCGGCACAGUAGGUACGGCGUUGGUUGGCAAGCGUGUGUCAACCGGCAAUUCGUCGUCCCCGUCGGGCACCGUAGCAGGAGCAUCAAUCGUCAAUUCUGCCGGUACCAUUGUAACAACACCGGUUGCGAUCCACAAGCUGGAUGCUUCCCCCAGCGAGCUUAUUGUGCCGACCGUAAUGAAGAGUGAUGGCGGUGUACGAAAGCUAACGCCCCACAGUACGCUCGGUGCACCCGGUAAACCGUUGAGCCAUCCCCGCAUCAAGUAUUCGCGUGCGAAGAACCCUUACAGCACACCGGCUAAUGCUAGCAUCACGUCAACCACCAUAACGAUGCCGAUCUUGACGAUCCCAACCGUAACGCCAUCGCAUACUAACGCCGGUAGCAAUGCAACGGUACAGCUGCAGGAAGUGUCGCAGCAGUUAGUUCCAUCGACGACGACCACCACUACGGUGACCGGUACAGAGAGACAGCUUUUAAAUUUUUCCCUUUCUCGGAAACUGCAACCAUCGCAGCAACACGUCACGAUCACCGGUGCGGGAACACCUGGUUUGACGGCGAUCAAUGCUUCGGCCAUACAGCAGAUCCCAAUAGCAGCAAUAAGUGCUAGUGCGCGUGGCAGUUCUGUCACCACACGGUACACGGUUAAUGAGUAUGAAACGUCCGGAUCGAACACGUCCCAGAGUGCCGACUUUCCGCCGGGAAUGAUCGACGAUCUUGACUAUUCGGUGAUCGAGGAUAUUGAUUUAUCUGACGGCGUGACGGCGAAUUUUAGUAACGUUGUUGCAGCUGCUGCUGCCGCUGCUACCACACUGACGUCCUCCGGUCAGCAGCAGCAGCAACAGCAACAACAGCAACAGACGACGGGGACGACGGCUAUGGCUCUCGUUACCGGGAGCAAAAUGUCAUCGGACGUGGAUAACAAUGGAUCUCAAAGUGACGACGACGAUCAGGACCUGAUGGACGAGGGCGGUGAUGAUGGUAGUGGUGACCUCGGUCCGGAUGAUGACGAUGACGACGAACACAUCACAAAGUACAGUACUAAGAUGCUGAAGCUGAAGAAGGAUAGUGGCCAGCCGGGCGGAACAAAGUUGCUGAACGCUUCGGCAGGUGAUAGCAAAUUUGCGCUGCUAGCCAAUCCAAACAUUAUGCGUAACUUCGAGUACACGGUAAAUGAAUCGACGGUGGUAAGUGAUACGGACGAUGGGGAGGUACGCCAGUAUGUGUGCAGGCACUGUGGCAAACGGUACCGCUGGAAGUCAACAUUGCGGCGCCAUGAAAACGUCGAAUGUGGUGGCAAGGAAGCUUCCCAUCAGUGUCCGUACUGUAGCUACAAGGCUAAGCAGCGCGGCAAUCUUGGCGUGCACAUACGCAAACAUCAUGCCGAGAUGCCGCAGCUCGAAAGCCGCCGCAGAUCGAACAAAUCGCGCCAUUCGAUGUAACCGAUCAACUAAUGUUUCGUUUUGCGGUCUGCUCGUAUCUUUCCCCUCUUCUUUUAGCUAAGCCAUUUCCAGAUCUCUAUUACUUACCUUCGAUAAACAGAGACUACCCCCAGUGAAUUUUAGGAAUUGGUGCAUCAAUGCAUUGAUCUGUCUUGUUUUUGUGCGCCCAGACACAUUCUUUAAAUUAAUUCUUGCUUUCGUUUGGCACUGCAGCCGUUUGCGGUCUUGACAUUCUGAGUCUUAACGAGUUGAUUUGCGAUUUGGAGGACGGCUCGAUGCACGUUAGAGUUUAACCGAAAAGGGGCUAUUGAGAGCUGCCUAUUUGAAUUCGGUCGGGACAUCUUCAUUUAUUACUUUCAUCAUUUAAAAGUCAGACAACGAACAACAAUAUGGAAGGAAACAAAAUAGGUUUUUUAAAUUAUUCCUCCUCAUUUAUUUAGGAAGAAUUUUUCAUAUUCGAAUUUGUUGAUUGAGGAUUGUGCAUUCGCAUACAGACAAUUUUUGCUAGCAACGACGAGAGUUGGAUCCAUUCCAGAUAUGGUUUCCACGUCUGUGAUAUUUGAACCAAGCACUUCAUCAACUGACUGUUAAACAGGUUUCUGUGUGUUGAUGGGAAUGUUUUAAAUUUUCCAUCCUAUUCCACCUUUCGUCACUUGGAUAAAUGAAUGAAGUUCCGUCGAAGCUCAAUGUUUUGUUAAAAAUGUUGUAUCUCAACCGUACGCAGUCAUAGGCAAGCCGUAUUUGACGGUUUUGAUCAAUUUCUCAUAUGAUGCUGCCUAAUCGAAAUGGCUUAAUGUCAAGAUUUUAACCGAUACCGUGUGUUGUUAAGUCGAGCAUAUCAUUGCUCUUACCGAAAAAAUUUCCAUGUCUCCACGCAGUAAAUGCAUGGUUAUAUAAAACUGUUUGGUUUUGAAAAGAUGGGUUUUCAAGUAUAUUUGUGCUUUAUUUGUUUGUUUUUAAACAUUAUGACUCAACUGCUUACGUAUUUAACGCAAAAAAGAGGAAACAAUAGCAUACGAAAAUAUGGAACAUACAUUUUUAUCUCCUUUUUUGUUUCUGUCUCGACUGUCUCUGUUAGUUUUUUUUUGUUUAUCUAUUUAUAUAUUUCCGGCAUAUAUGUAUGCAUACGAUACCUAUCUGUGCCACCUUAUCAUUUAUGUUAGCUACAGCAGCACCUAGAAAAGUUAAGGAAAUUCCUUGAUGUUUACGUGUAAUACUUGAGAUUUUGCCAUCAUUAUAAAAAAGCGUUUUAAAGAAGAAAAAAAAAACGGCGGAGCCAAAUUAAGGCGACUGUUUCCGAGGUUGGUUUGUGGAUGCUCUUUUUGAAGGGAUAUUUUUUCUUUCUUUUCUCAAAAGAAGAGAGCGGUCAUAUUUCCGGUCAUAGUCGUGCUACAUUUAAACGAAAGUUUUCUUUUACGAUAAGUGAGUAGUGGUUUAAGGCAUAACAUAAUUUAAGUAUUUUACUGAUUGCUAUUAUCCAUAUGUUUGCUCUAUACGUAUAAACAAGUGUGUAUGUGUGAAUGUAGUGUGCGCUAAGUACUAAUGAACAGGAGGAACAUUACUAGUUUCCGAUUAUUGCGAUGCAAUUUUGUGUCACCAUUUUGCGUUUUCUGAGUAAUGUAAUGGCGGUCCCAUUUCUAGCUGCUCUCACAUUUCGCUUUCAAAGAAGUUCUCUUGCAUAAAAGUUUUUACUAAAGUGUAGUAUGUAAUCCAUAUUGAAUUGUAGCCCUACUCUAUAUGUACUUUUGCGUGUGUUGCAUUAACAGAAAAUCGUUUGAAUGCAUUUGAAUGAGUUGCUUUUUGUGAGCUAAGAAGAAUAACGGUCUUAAUUAUCGUUAUACGAUAACCGUACGUCACGAACAUAGACGAUCAUACAUCGGAGUUGCUUUUAUGUGUUUGUGUGAUUUCAACUUACACCGAUACUGCUGCAAUUUAAUGAUGAAGAUCGUACAACUAGUACACCACAACCUGCAUUUUAACAAGGAGGAAGUACACACAAUUAAAUAACAUAACUCUACAUAAAACUAUCGAAAGGUUUUUCGUUUUUCAUCAUUAGUAUUGCAUACUAUUGCCAUCUGCAUUUUAUCUUUAAUGUUUAAGUUGCAUUCAAUUACACAAACGAUUUGUCUCGCUUCCCCUUUUGCGCAAUACUGGUUUUGAUUGAUUUCAAAGUUAAUUUAUGAUAUACACAAUUAGCGACCGCGAGUAUAAUGAAUUGUGCAGCACUUGUGGUAAUUCAUACGUCAGUCAAACUUUAGAGCAGAAAGUAAUGCAACAAAGUAUUUGAGCUAUAAUUAAUGUGGAAACAUACAAAUUAGAUUCUAGUUCUGCUGAAGAGAGGUGUAACGGGCGAUGCUUAGCGGAUGUCAGAGAACAAAUAUUUACGACAUUUAGUGUACGCCAGUGUUAUAUACAAAAGAAGAAAAACAAAAUCAUCAUCCUUUAUCACACGACGGUGAAUAAAAAACAUACAUACAUAAAAUGUUAAAGAACGAUAUUUUGGCCGAAUGAAAAUUAUGAAUUGAAAAAGGGACAGGGAGGGACACAAACAAAAUGCACCAGUUAUUAAAUUAUGAAGUGAUGCAAAGAGAGAUGUACUAAAGGAAGUUGGAAUCAGUUGUUAGUUUCACACAAAAAAGCGCAUUAAAGUUAAGAAUUUUAUAGAUUGUCCCACUGUUUGCUCGUGUCCCAUAUACACACAGCUAAAAAUACGUGUGUUUGUAAGCGAACAGCAGAAACUUAUUUUGUGUAUAAAAUAAUUGUCGUGCGUACAUAUACAUUUUAUAUAUAUUAAAAAAAACACAUACACAGAAAACAAACAGCAAAACGAAGCCAAAAAUAUCGUCGAGUCGUGGCCAGCAAUGAAAUAUAUGGCACACGAACGUGGAAGAAUUGAAAACGUGCAAAUAGUUGUAAUAAACCUUAACAAAAAAAAGAACCCAGAAUAGAGCUAUUUUAAAACUCAUAACAUGUUAGAAAGGUAAUAACAUUAAUGGUAAAAUGGAGAAGAAAACACCGGUCAUAAUGAAAAAUUUAAACUGAUUUAGUUAAACACACACACGCUCACACAACCAUACACAAUACAUAUGAAAACAAAACAAAAAAAAACAUUAGGAGGAAAUACAAAAUACAUCUUGUAAUACUAUUCACCGGUACAUCCAACUACAACUCUAUUGUGAGUACAAAAAUGAAUGCAAAGUAGAUUAAAUAGAGAAGGCAAGAAGUAAUAUAAACACACAAGAAAAAAAAAACGGCAGCAACAUGAUUUGCUCUGUGUAUCGCAAUAGUACAGCAAAAAUCACACGAAGAAACGAAAUGGAACAAAUAUUUGCGUAAGGCUCCUAAAACACAUAAUAUGAAAAACAAAACAUAAAAACUGAAAAAUGAGUUAUCACAGAACAAAAGCCACCCGAUGGGGUGUGUGUGUGUUUUUUAUUGUAUUCAGUUUUUUAAUGUAAAAUCGCUUAUAAUAAUGUG